UACUAAAUGCGUGACACUUGUCGCUGACCGUGCCUAUAUAAAUGCAAACUCCAGCCUUCCUUUGAAGAAGUCCUAAAAGUAAUAACUUGCUAGGCAACAACUGGAAGACAGACGCACCUCGCAAAGUUCAAAAACCACCAUCCAAGGAUAUACCAAUUACGCACAGAUUCUCCUCGCCACUUUUUGACAUGAAGCUCAAUUUUCUCGUCACCACCGUGGCUCUGCUCGUUGCCUUUCCACCACCGUAUGAAUGUAGAGCCAUCGACAGCAGCUCCAACCAGCCAGCCACGGACCCCGAUGGAGAGCGACAGUCCCCUCCGGUUUUGGCACGCUUAGGGGAGGAGUACUUCAUCCGGCUCGGCAACAGAAACCAGAAUUCCCCCCGCUCCCCAGCCGACAGCUUUCCCGAGACAUCCCAGUAUUCCAAAAGAGCACUGCAGCUCCAGUUAACGCAGCGUCUGCUGGAGGGGAAAGUUGGAAACAUCGGCCGCUUGGAUGGCAAUUACGCGCUCCGGGCGCUCGACUCAGUGGAAAGAGAGCGCAGGUCGGAGGAGCCGCCGAUUUCCCUGGAUCUGACCUUUCAUCUGCUACGAGAAGUACUGGAGAUGGCCAGAGCCGAACAAAUGGCCCAGCAAGCUCACAGCAACCGCAAAAUGAUGGAAAUAUUCGGGAAGUAACCAUCAGCAAACCCAUCAGCCAAAGAUAUUUUUACAUUUAGCACAAACAUGAAUAUUCUGUACCAUAGUGCUGCUUUUCCAUCAUGAUCUAUUUAUACCGGUGACUUAUUUAUUUGUAGAUAUUUCAAUGAAGGCGAUUAGAGUACAGUAGGUGUAUAUGAAGCGCAAAACUGUCAUCACUCUCCAUCAAUGUUAUUGUAUAAGUGAUCAUUCAGAACUGUAGAUGAAGAAAACGUUUGAGUUUCUUUAAAAAAAAAAAAAACAGACAAUAUUUUCCAGUACUGUAUUAUUUUAUCUGACAGAUUUGAGUUUCAUUGUAACAUACAGUACAUUGUUUAAGUUUGUUAAUAAACUAAUGAGCAACCAUUAA